GGAAUAAUUUAAAUUAAAUAAAUUUAACUAAAAAUUAAAUUAAUAAAACUAAAUUUUUAAAAGAUUGGACAUCGAAUUUAAAAUAAUUUAUAAUUUAGCUUAGUUUACUGUCGACGCGUCUCUUACAAGCCUAUAUAAGCUAUAAUUCUAUGUAAUGUGCUCCCAUACGUUUACCCUUUUGACCCCGUCUCGUUCUUACCACUCAGUUUCUACAGAAAGAGAGAGAAAAACCCGGUUUUCUCUUUCCGCGAGCCCCCAAAUUUUCCCUCAACAAACUCAACCAACCAUUCCGGAACUCUCUCUCUCUCACUCAACCCCCAAAAUUAGACCCUCCCCUCAAAAACUCUCGAACACAUUUCCUUUCCUUUCCUUUCCUUUCCUUUCCUCAAUUCCACGAAAUUACUGCUCCCCCGCAAACUCUCUCCCCACCACCAUUGUUUCCUCGUUGCUCGUUCUCGCGCGCGUCGCCUCUGCUUCUGCUUGUGCUUCUGCUUCUUCGUGCGGCUUCUUGGGGAAGCCCUAAUGUGGCCGCCGUGGGGAAGAAGCCGCCGCGGCAAAGACGCUUCGCCGCGGCUCCCCCGCUGCCCCUCGUCGUCUCCUUCCUCGCCCUUCUCCUUCUCCUUCUCCUCGCUCAAGGACAUCGACGCGCUCCUCAGCGACGGCCCCGGCCCCGGCCCUAACUCCACGGCGGCGGCGGCACCGCCGCUCCUCCACCGCGCGCGCUCCGCCUCCGGCUCGUUCCGAUCGUGGCGAUCGUUCUCCUCCUCGUCCCCUUCGUCGUCGCCCUCGUUCCACCCCGAUCCCUUCGGCCUCGCCCCGGGCGAGGAGAAGCGGAUCGUGCUCUACUUCACCUCGCUCCGCGUCGUCCGCAAGACCUUCGAGGAUUGCCGCGCCGUGCGCUCCAUCCUCCGCGGCUUCCGCGUCGCCGUGGACGAGCGCGACCUCUCCAUGGACUCCGCCUUCCUCGCCGAGCUCAAGGGGAUCCUCGGCGGCCGCCGCGGCCGCGACCUCGCCCUCCCCCAGGUCUUCAUCGGCGGCCGCUACAUCGGCGGCGCCGACGAGGUCCGCCACCUCCACGAGUCCGGCGAGCUCGGGCGCUUCAUCGAGGGCGCCCGCCCCGCCGCCCCCGGGGCCUGCGGCGGAUGCGGCGGUGUGGGCUUCGUGCUCUGCCGCGGCUGCAGCGGCAGCCGCAAGCGCUUCAGCGACAAGUGCGGUGCCUUCCGGAGCUGCGGCGACUGCAACGAGAAUGGCCUCGUGCGGUGCCCCGAAUGCUCCCCCCCUCCCGCCGCCGACUGAUCGAGAUCGGAGGGUCCGGGAGAGCAGAGAUCGGAGAGGAGGUGAUCGGAUGCCUCAUACAAGGGUUGGAGGGAGAAGGAAAGGCAUGCAUGAUACAUCUCCAUAACCCAAACAAGGAAUACGAUUAUAGCGCUUUGCGACGAAUCGACAAGAGCUGAGAUGUUGAGGUAUUGUUAUAAUCUUUCUAUCAAUUUGAGCAUCUCUUUUUUCUUCUUCUUUUUUCUUUUUGUUAAUUAAUAUCUUAUUGAGAAAGGAAAUAAUAGAGGAGGAAGGAGGCUUUUGAGAUUUGUUUACUUGUGUUUGUUGUGAAAAAGAAUGAAAUUUUUUCUAGUUUUGGAUGCUUCUUAUGUUUCUAAAUAUAUUAUUUGAUGAUUUAGUCUUGUGGACACAGGGAAAACAGAGAUUGACAUUUGUGCAAGAGGCUAUGUCACCU